UUCAAUUUCAACCGAGUGAGGUUGAUGGUUUCCUCUUUGACGCUUUAAGAAAACUUUGCGUGAAGGUGUACCUAUUCUGUUACCGACACCCUACUAAGUAAAGGAAGCUUUUCACCGUGGAUGAAUCUGCGGGGUUUUUGGUGGCACAUCAUAGAAAAUCUCCUUUAGUAGAGACUGUGGUGGGAAAUGUAAAAGCACCGCGGAUUUCAAUCAAAUAUGGCGUCUAUUAAUAUUAUGAAUGCUUUGAUUGCAAUAUGUUUGGCCUUAUGUGGAUUGUCGCUGGGACAAGAUCAAAAUAGCCAAGAAUGUUUAACAGCCAAGCCCUGCAUUUGUUCUGGAACAAGAGUUAUCUGCAAGAGUCGUCAACUUCGCUCAAUACCUGAGGGGAUUCCUUUGCAAACGACCUCAUUGUGAGUAAAACGGUUUCUUGGUUCUUGCUAGUUUAUGUGCUGUCUUUUGUUGAGUUGUAAGCGUACUCGUCGGCGAUUUAAAAUCUCUUAAGUCACUCCUAACGAACUUUUUCUCAACAUCUCAUGUUUAUCGGUUUUGAUAAGAUAUUUCGGGCUACUCUUUAUCUAAGGUGAAUACCUUGUUACCUACGAAUGGCAGUUUUUGAACCGAGGGAUUUUUCACGGUGUCACCUUACAACUAGAAAAACACCAUGAACGGGGAGCUGGUUUGAUAGAGGUUUUGCACUUUUCUGUUUACGAAGUCUUGAAUGAAGAAAGAUUCGAUUCGCGUGAGAGUUUUCGGUUGCAUCUAUAAAAUAUGUCGAAAAAGAAUGCAGGUAUGAGAGAGCAUUGCUUUGAACUGGAAUCGAACACGUCAUGUGUUGCUUCAAAUGUCAAAUUGUCAAGCGACGAGUUUACGAAGGAAUGGUGAAUGUGACGUGCCCAUGUGUCUGAUAUAUUUUUAAGUAAGCUUAGUUGUUUCUUUAGAAAGCGAGUGGAUUUCCUCUGUUGUGCUAAAACUCCAUAAAUAAGUGACAUAUUGCAAACGAAUUACAGCAUGAUACGCGUACUUCCAAUUGAUAAUGUGUCAACUAAACCGUCUCUUUGAAAGGUUCUCCUCUAUUGUUAUCUUUGCUUCGUUAAACAAAUAACAAGGUCUUCAAUAAACUGUGAACUCGAUAUUUCAUUCAUUGUAAAGUAAAUUUCUAUGCUAUCCAGUAACUAAAAUUUAUUUAAGGCGAAAUCCCAAGGAAGGAAUCAUCCGUGUCUUGUUUAGGUUGCGAUCGAGAUAUUGACAUAUGUGCAUUACUCGCAAAUUAUGUACAUAUUGGGAAGGUUUCCCGCCGUGUUCUUGCGACAUAAAUCAAUUUGAAGUUUUUUUUUUUAUUUUUUUAUUUUUAACUGGGAAUUGCAAUUCUUGUUUUUACCGUUAUUUAGGGACGUUCGUUGCGGCAGGUUUCAUGCUGCAAACUCAAAAUUCAAUCGUAGCGUUCGCCACCGCACAUUGCGCUAAAGCCAUAUUAUUCAAUGUGGACUAAUAAGAAAUAAAAAGUAAACAGCAUGAGAGAAAUAUGUUACAUUUGUCGUUUUUAUGGUCUAAUAUUCUGACCAGAACGCGCACCUUCUUCAGAAAUCGUUUUCAGGCUAGAUAUUCAAUUAAUUCACUAUCUUAUGAAAGGGAAUUUUCCGUCGUCUAUCGACAAUUAUUUCGACUGAAGCAAAUUUAUUAAAUUAGUGUCUUUGUUUUCCUGUGCUUUACAUUGUUUUUGUUUUGCCGUGAGAACGCCGUUCAUUGGCAUAAUUAUUCUUUUCUUCAAUUUCCUUAUUUAUGGACGAUUGGAUUCUCUUUACAUUAUGUUGGUAGUGUUUGAAGCGCUCGCUCCCUUGUGUUGGUUUGUUGUUGUGUACAGUGCACGCUUUCUUUCCCGAGGCUGAUUUCUUACGCGUUUGUAGCAAAAUCUCCUGCUGUUGUAUUUAUUUAAAUUGUGCUUUGAAAAGAUCGUGAUUAAAAAUUCCAAUUUUGUAACUAUCUCAACAACCUACUGAAUGGGCGAUGCUAUAAAACUUCUUCUACCUAUGCGAGUGAAUUUUGAUGUUUUGAUAUGAUUUUGUGUCAAUGCUCUAAUCGUCGAGAGACCUGAUAGAUCAAUUUAUUAUCAUUGAAGAGGAUCGAGAAGUUAUAGAUGCUGGAAAAUGUGUUUUUUGUUAUGCCCCCAGGCCACAGAACAUAAUAUGCAAAUUCCUCAUCAAAUGUAGACCCCCUACUGAUGAAUUGGUGGGAACAGAGCUUUCCCUUUGUGGUCUUCGUCCAAAAAUUUAUAUCAGAACGUAAGGGAGUGGCUACAAAAAAAUAUAUGUUAUCCUUUUGAUUCCAGCGAAUUUUUUGUUUGAGUUUAUAUCUGUGAUGUUUCAAGAAAACGUAAACUUUAGAUUAGCCUUUACUCUCUCAGAAUUUGCAAGUCGAGCUUGAUUCUUAUCAAUUUUUAUGAGACUCUCAAUCACUGUGAGAAAUAGUAUACAAAGUAGACUGAAAUUCCAGGUGCUUUUAAUUACAUUAUUCAGACUUAAAGAAUUAGUGGAGUGAAGGAAGUUUCAGCCUUGUUUCAGAUAUCAUGCUUAAGCUCAUACUGUUUGUGUGGAGGCUCACAAUGACUGUGUUUUAUUUUAUACUUGUAGAAUGUAUGUUAUGUCUCUUCUCUAGAUGGUAGUUUUUUUCUAUUUCUUGGUACAGGUAGAUAUGGUUGUGUCAUUUUCAUUGAGGGGUAUGGUUUGAUUCAUUCAGUCUUUCUCUUUGAGAUAAACCAGUCAGAAAGUACAGCUUAUACUGUUGUAUCUUAUUUAUGACACACAGUACAACUGUUUGACUGCUUUGCUUAGAUACCUGUACCUUUGUCAACAGUGUAGAUGGAAAGUUUUCUUUCAAUAGGGAAGAGAACUGGUGAUUGGGUUAACCAAAUGCAAUAGGAUAUGUAGUGCAUUUACCCUUGACUGAUUGUUUCUCUGGUGACAAAUUGUAAUUUUUGCACAAAUAUGAUCAUUGAUAUGCAGAGUUCAAAUGUGCUACUGAAAGAGUUGCCGUGUUUCAUUUCACUAAUAUUAUGACCCACAUCAGUUUAGAAAACUUUUUGCCAGUGUGUAAUUUUUUAUGAUGAAGCUACAGUACAUGCACAACCUAAGCUGUUAUAGGUGACCUUUCGCUAGAGGCAGACAAAAGUGACUUUAAAGGACACUUGCUGCCUUACAGGAGAAUGGAAGUGGGAUUUGAAGUGAUGUUAGCAACAUUUUAUACCUGCCAACUUAUGCUAGUGAACUGUGCAAGAUUUCUCUUACUGGAUCUGAUCUUAUCUGUUGGAUGUUAGAAUGCAUUUUGCAAAUUUUGCAAGACGGUUUGAGGAGUAAGGACUGAGUUUUUAAAUGUUCUCCCUUCUGUAAUCGGGAGUGCCAUGUGUGGGAAGUGAUUAUUUAUUUAAGACUUUUCUCCCUUGAACUGGUACAAGUUUAUUUUAUCAAACUGGUUUGUAGGCCACAAGCUUGGGUGUGAUCAAACUUUCUGAUUUACAGUUACAAGAAUCACACUUGGUAUGUGCAAGUGUGCAGUUGCAACUAUUAGUGAGAUAAAAUCUUGCAUUGUAUACAAGAGGAACACUUGGAUAUUUAUUUUAUUGUUUGCAAGUAGAUACACUAAGAAGCAAUAGAUCUUUGGAGACAGCACAAAGUAUAUGUAGGUCAUUUAAACAAGUAGUGCUACUGAUUGAAUGUCUUACUUUGACGCCUGUGAAAGUGUGUUUUGAAUGUUUGGAAAAUGAAAAGAAUCAACUGUUCUACUUUCAUUUGUUUCGUGGGAUACUCUUUGGAUCAAGGCAUUACAAUGUCCUUGAGUGAUAUGAUAGGUCACAUUUGGGAUAUAUUUUUUUGCUUGAGCAAAGGAAUUUUGUUCCUGUUGAAAAUCUUUUCCAUUUCAUUGCCACAGUCUAUGUUGAAAAAAGCUUGUUGUUGCAUGUUGGAAUUAAGAGCAACCAUGGAUUAGUUCUUGACCUAUCAAGUGGAACUUGAAUGUUUAGACAUAACAAGAGCUUCUAUAAUUUGCUUUGUGACAGAUUACUGAGCAAUGAAUGUAACAGUGAACAUGCAACAACAUACCAAGGGUGCUAAGCCAAUCACGGUGGCUUGUGUGUUCUUGUUGGUUCUUUUCCUCCUCAAUUUGAAUUGCGUCAGUAGACAUUUGAACUUCUCCUUGAUCAUAUCCUCUUUUCUUUUUUCCACUCAUAUGUUACCCAGCAACAGGAAAAGGUUGUUGUAAUUUCAGGCCACUUAGCUAGGGUGUGACUUGGGACAUCAAGCAGUCGGUACAUUUUAUAAUACCCUGGCAUCUUUGUCAUUGAACAAAAUAUUUUUUAUUGUCUAACACAAGUAAAUUGUGAACAAUUUAGGAAAGUUUUACUGGAAGAGUUAUUAAGCAUCAAUGUAGUUAUGAUCAAAUUGUCAAGCCUGGCAAGUUGAAAUGAAAUUCUUGAACUUGAGUUUUGGGUUUAACAUUUAUUUCAGUGUGCUUCUGGUAAAUUCUAACUAUUUAUAGGUUUUAUUAACUUAUAACUAUUUUAAUAAUGUAUUUCUGAGCAGAGUAGGGUACAAUGGCUUUGUCAAAGAAUUUGAUACACCCAUUGGCUUGAAACAGGGCUUCAGCCUACUGGAAAUUAAACUGAUGACUACCAUUCUCAGAUGUGUCCAUCAUGAGUUAUUAAAAAAGUUUGCUUGUCAGAAUUGCAAAUAUUAGACAGUUGAUUGAUAAUUUUGAAUAAAAAUUGCAAGUUUUCAAGAGAACAACCAAUGUAUUGACUGUCAGUAAAUAAGUAAUAAUUUUGGUCUCAAUAUAUGAAAAUUUCCUUACUCUCAAUAUUGGUCAUAGUUCAAUGUAGUCAAUAUAUGAGACAAUUUACACACUGAGGUAUUUGAACCCUAUUUUCAAAACAAUUAAGCUCAUAUUAGAUGUGAAUUUACAAUGGUCAAGUACCUGUAAUAUUGUCGAAAACAACAAAGAAAAAAAAAAUGUGUGUUUAACAAUACAACUUACUUCUCUAGAUCAACAUUUCAGAGUAAUGAAGGGAUUGAUUCACUUCAUGAUAGCCUUUGUACCACAUCUUUUGAAAAAGUGAACAGAGAUUAUUGCAUUGGGAAAUAUUUGUUAAUACAGUACAUGACCACAAGUUCCUGUACUGAUUACAAUGCGUGUUUUAUGCCUAACUAGUAAUUCGCUUUUAAUUUAAAUUUUUCUUUCUCCAAAAGUUUAUGAUUGAAUAAGAACUGUAAAUAAGGUAUUGUUGGUACAGAACUUUGUUACUUAAGAUAGUCUUCACAAAUCUUCCAAAAUUUUAAAUUAUCUAGAUCCACCAUCUCUUAGAUUGGCUUCCCUUUUUUUGUUAUAAAUGAAUCAAAGAUCAUAGAUCACAUAAUAUUAUUUUUACCUCAAGUUGCAUGUGACCCUGUCAAUUUUAUAUGUUUGUAAUUAUACACUUUUGUUUUUGAUUGUGGACAAAGUAGAGAUAAAUUGGUUUUUUGUUAAAUUUGAAUCCUGGAAAAGUUGAACAAAGUGCAUAUUAGUUCUAGGCACCGUGUAAAUGAAAUGUAGCCCCUUUGGAACAUCUUUACAUAGUUUACUUUCAAACAGUAUAAGAAGCUGUGUAACAUUAUGGACGUCUCCUUUCUCUUCCUGGCUUUUUUAUCUCUCUCUUUUUUUUAAUGGAGCACAGGAGAAAAUCACAGCGAACUUGGCCCUGAUGGAAACUUGUGGUACACCUGAAUGAAUUGUCGAUCGAAACAUCAUCAACAAACUGAUAUGUUUUUGUUCUGUUUUGGUUACAAGCAUUGAUGUCAUACUAUUGCACAGAGGAUCAUGAAAUUUAAUAUGAGAAAGAACACUGAACUGCUGGCACUUUGUAACAAAAUUGAAAUGUACUAUAUAGUUAUCUUUUGCUUAACGUAGCUCAGAAAGAAACUCGUUAGUUGUUUUUCAUUGUAUGUGUAGUGGAUAUAUUUUCUUAAGACAGGAUACAUCAGGCAGUUAAACAAAGAGAUGCUUGUUAUGACUGUGUAAUGUUCUGCCAGGUACCUACCACACACAUUUACCCACCUUGAAAGCAGUAAAUCAAUUUUCUGUGUUUACUUGAGCUGUGCUUGCAAGAAAUAGGAAGUUUAUAAAUCAAAAAUUUUGUUUUUAUUCAGCAACUUUGAAACACAAAUUUCUAAUCCUUACAAUAAUUUUUUUGGGAACUUAGUAGACCUCUGUUCCCAUUAAAUGGAACACAUUUGGUUUGUUUUUUUUCCUCUUUAUUACCAUGUCCUGGCUCCAAUAUGAUGUCAUUUUCAUGCUGGAAUGACUCUCAGGAAAUGCCAUAUUUGACCAUUUUAUUUUCAUGCUUUUCUGUCUACUGGUAGUAAGAAAAUAUGUUGUAAACUGCCAGCUUGUUGUAGCCUUAGUUUUAAGGUGUGCAAAAAUGUAAUGUCAUUUAAUUUCUCAAUUCAUUGAAUCAGUAGUUUGCGAAAUAAUGGUAGUUGAUAUUGUAGCUGUGUUCAUGCUCAAGUUGUUUACGUGGCACAUAGCCCAGUUGUACUUAGGAGAUUUAAGUGUUUAUAAUCUUAUUCUUAGCUGUAGUCUGUAUCAGAUUUUCUUCAUCAAAGGCAUAUCAUCCACUUUGGGUUUUUUUUUGGUUGUGGAAGAAAGGGAACCUGGUUUGAAGGUUCAUUUUUCUGGAUGUUCUUUGUGGGCUUAAGUUUGUAAAUUACUGAGUACUCUUUUGUAUUCAAGAAGUCAAUAUUCUUCAUGGAGCCUUACUAGGUGACAAGCAGUUUGAGAUUUGUUUGAAAAUUUUCUAGAAGGUUCCUGAUGUAAGGUACUUCUGUUGUAAUUCUGAAAGCAUCUCAUCUAUUGAAUAAAACAUAUGGUAAUGUUGUGAAAAGGUACAACACACAUAUAACUUGGGAGAUGGGGUGUUCAAGUAGGAAUUUAGAGAUGAAAUUUUCCUGUUUGAACUUAGAAGGUGACAUGGAUGACUGAUUAAAAAUCUGUAGGAUAAUGUAUCCACUGCACAUGUAUGCCUACACGGAAAUUGAUUUGAAGACUGUAUGACUUCUUUGAAUGGAACACCUGAUAGAUUGUAGGACCUCUACAUUGAAUUGAUUAGAUUAUAAGGAGCAGGAAUACCUGUUGUAUUUCACUUUCUUGUUCAUCUUUUUUUGUGUAGGGCAAAAUUGUUGAUAGUCUCAACACAUUUACCCAACUAUAAAACUUAGACCUAGUAGACCUUUUCUUCUGAGACAUUCACUCCUUAAAUGUAAACUUUUUUACCCAUAAACACCUCCAUAUUACAAGAGAUAACAGUUGCAUUCCACUGGAUAGACUGGACACUUCCAGCUUAAAUUCCUCAACCCAGCCUGGCAAGGUUCAAACUCCUAACCCCUAGGCACAGGUGACUUUCAAAUCCUUCAAAUCCUCAUUUGGGGGGUGUGGAUAGGAGGGUUGAAUGUUGAAGCUUUGAAAUGAUUGGUGUCGCAGAACAUGCUCCUUAGUAAGUUAUUGUUUAGGUUGGCUCAACCUUACUUCCGCUGACAUUCUCUUUUAAUCUAUUUUUUCAGGGAUCUUAGUUAUAAUCAGCUGGUGACCUUGAAUAUUUCGCAGCUUUCAAGACUAACAGACCUUCAAGAGCUGUAAGCCUUUAGAAUUAAUCUUAUAUUUGGUUAUAAUUUACAGUAUCCUAAAUCGGUUUCCUUCUUAUCCUUUGCAAGUAAUCGUCCACAAACCUAAGCUAUUUGUUUAAUGAUAUCAUUCAUUGAACAUUUUGAGCCCAGUAGUUCUUUUAUGUCAAUAAUAGAUGAUUAAUAAUGGUUAAUAGAAACUAUUUUUUCACAUGGUCAGUCAUGAAUUCACAAGAGGCAAGACUUUUGAAGUUGGCCCAUCAGCAGGAGGAUUUACCCUCUGUUCCUGUGCUUGAAACAACACACUUAUAACAAAGGGUGUAAUAUGAAAAUUAUUUGCCAGCCCACUCUUUAUCCAUUGCAGAGUUCUUGACAUUUUGUCCUUCUCUCUUUUAUCAGUCUUCUUCAUGAAAAUCGGCUCAAAGAAGUUCCACCAUGGCAGGCUUUACCAUCUUCCUUGAUCCGCUUGUCUUUGUGAGUAUUAAAUUUAAUUUUUGUAACCCUGUGUACACACUCUAUGAAGUCAUCCUUCGCAACUUUUCCGGAAACUCAGCUAACUUAUUACCUCCCUUCUGUGGAUACUUAAAUUCAAGGGACACUUUUGUAGGGUGCGUCUAUGUGGAGGUUCCUUGGUAUUCAAUGGGCAAUAAGUUAUGAAGUAAAGUUACGGCUUCACUGUGAUUUUCCUGUAGUGCACUGAAAAGCAUGUUGUAAAUCUAGGUAUUUAGCAGCAUAUUCAAGGAAUUACAAGGCUAUAUAAGGCUCAUGCUUCAUUUCAUUCUACUCAAACAAGGGUUUAAUCAUUGGUUCAGUUGACCCAUCCUUAUUGACAAGUCAAUGACCAACAGUAUUUUUGACAUACUUCUUCAGAUCUUUUGAAAGAGGAAUACAUUACAGAUUCAAGAAGUGAACUGCAGAUUGAAAACUUGACUUUUAAGUCUGGGGGGAAAAAAUAAGUGUCUGAGAAAAUAGCAUUUUUCACUUUACCUUUGCAGGCAUCACAACAAAAUAACGUCCAUCCCAUCACAAAAUGUCACAAAGAGACUAUCUUUACAAUAUCUGUAAGUAUAUUUGUGGCAUUUACAUUCAAACUGCAUGUUUGCAUAGGAGUAUAACUAAGCACUUACCAUUUAGUUUUUAGGGUGAACCUCUCAGCAAGUGACACCCAUUUAAGGCAGAUCACUUAUAAGCUAUCUAGAAAGGAAAACGUAUGUGGAUACCUUCUGUUCAAUCCUUAAACACUAUUCUUUUGAAGGUGAAAAAAUCUCCUCCAUGUUCUCUCUUGAUUCCAGUGCUGUUUUCAGCUAGAAAGCCUUACAUAUCAUUUGUAGAGCUUUAUUGAGAGAAAAAUAGAAGUCGUUUAUCUACCAGUGCUAUCAAUAAUAGAUAUUUAUCAAUAAUUCCCAAAUGGGAUAACAUCAUGCCAUACAGAUAUUGAUAUAUAAAAUAACUUAAAGAUCACACUCUCAUGUUUUUGCUUCCUGUUUUGUUCCAGGUUUCUGAGCAGUAAUAAAAUUUCAUACAUUGGGCCAAAUGCCUUUGCUAAUCUCACCUCAGUGCAGUCAUUGUGAGUAGUGAAAGUAGUGAAAGUGAUCCACUACCUUGUUAAAAUUGUUAUCGUAGUUGUGGCAGAGGUAGUAGAAGGAUGCUAAGGAUAUUUGUCGAGACCAAGUGAAUUUCCCUAGGGAAUUGAUUGUUGUUCAAUUUGAUUUGAUUACCAAAGUCUAUAGGCAAGUAAAGGGUAGAAAAACUCAAUCAGCCAUCCUAUGCCUCUCAGAUCAUAAAUGCUCACUCCAUGCCAAAUUGUUUUUGUGAAGCAAUUUCUUUCACAUGAAGUGACCAUGUCACAUGUUCACUAGUUUCUGUAGUUGAUUGCAAUGUCUAUGAAUCAAAUUUGAUGCAUAAGGACCUCCAAAUAGAUUGCGCCAUCAGUGUUAUUGAAGACUUAGGAUGAUUGAAUGAAGUAACUUUGGAAAUUUUGAUACCCUAUAAUUUAAAUUGGAUGGAAGAGGUGGCAGCAUGAACUAAACAUGAUUUUGUAUGACAUUAAUGAGAGUCGGGCUAUUAUGUUGUAUUAUGAAUAAAAUGUUCAACAAAGCUGCAAUGUCUGUUUAUCACAGGAAACUGAGCCGAAAUAGGCUGACAUCCAUUCCAGUUCAGGCCUUGAGUCAGUUAACCUCAUUAAAAAAACUGUAAGUCUCUCAUUUGUCAGUUAUUUAAUUAUUUGUGUUGUUUUGAAUAAGAUUCUUAUCACAUUGCUGCAUCUGCUUUAUAAAGUGAUUCAAAUGACAGGUUAUUGCCCUUCUGCUUCCUGUGGGGAAGAAAUUAUAUCAUGUUAUGUUUCAUAACUUACUUAGACCCAGAUCUUAUCACAGAAGCUGUCUGAAGCAAAAUUUUUCAUCAUUUUUUCUUUACAGCUGUGUAAUUUUUCAUCUUUGUUACUUUGAUGAACAAAAUCACAUGAUAUUUCCUAAUUUUAAGCGAUACGCAAUUUGGACAUGUAGCUCUGUGGGAGGAUACUUGUAGUUCUGUUUAUACUCAAGAACCAAAUGUUUGGAUAGGCUUUAAAUACUUAAAAAUGUGGUUGAUGUAUUAAAAAGAUUUUUAGAUAGAUAAGGUUGAUGUGCUUUUCAUUUAAGUGUGAUAUCAUGUAACGGAGAAUAGUAGAGUUGAUGAAAUUAGAAUAAUCCUGGUUUGCAUUUUGGGUGUUAUUACGUAUUUCAUAUGAUUUCACUGUGUUUCCUUUCAGAGAUCUCACAAAAAAUUGGAUCAAUGCUGUUGUCAGUCCUUUGAAAAGUCUAAAGUCUGUAGCCAUACUGUAAGUUUUUCUUAUUCUUUGUUUUAAUAUUUCAUGAUCCUCAAAACAUUCUUUGCAUUUUUAUUCCAGAUUAAGGGAGUUUACUUUAGUGGAAUGAAAAUCUGGUCUUAUCAUGUUUAUCAGAUCACUAAAAAUCCUGUUAAAUCUCUCAGGGCACACUUUCAGCCACAAGCUGGUGUCUGUUUGUUUCCUGAGCUCCAUGAAGAAAAGACAUUUUGCAAUUUGCUACAUUCCACAAAUAUUUCAGACAGUUAAUUGAAUUAGGGUUUGAGAAAAUGUAGGGAUUGAAUGAAGGAUGUACAGUUUUGAUAGGAAAAGUUUAAACAGCUUUAUACCACAAAGGAAAGAAAAUUGUUGGUUAUUUUUCAGUAGUCCCCUUAGACCCCUAGAAUAAUUUUUGAGGAAUUAAAUUGGCCAUCAGACAAGAAACAAGAAUAGGUCUACGCCCCUAAUGAAGUUUGUCUCGAUUACUUAAAUUUAUUCAUUACAAUUUCUAUGAUGUUAUGUACUUAUACAUGAAUGACUUGUAUUGCUCAAGGAUUUUAUUUUUUUUCAAUUCAGUAUAAAUGAACAAUAAAACCAAAACAACUUUCUGAUCUAUAUUCAUGAUCCCCUGGACUGGGUUUGUUUCAUGGGGAUUUAUCUCUAUCAGCAUUACACAACAAUCUGGGCUUUUUUUCCUUAAAUUGUUAUAAAACCAAUUUGUAAAUGCAUCUAAAGUAGACUGUUAAUUCCACAGUGUCUCAUUAGCCACUGCUGUAUGCAUUGCUUAUCAAAGCACAGAUCAGAUAUCUAUUUAAAAGCACAGAUAUCUCCUAUCAGAAGCUGUCUAUCUUAAGCUUAUUGUCAUGCUCUUAUAGCAUUUUGUCUCUUUCUUUCAUCAUUGCAGAAAGCUUUCAAAGAAUAAAAUCCAUACCAUAUCUAAUAAUGCACUCUGGGAGAUGUCCAAUCUGAGGGAAUUGUGAGUACAUCAGCUGAAAUUGUUAAUAUGAACUUGUGUGGGUAUUGUUAUUUGUGAUUUCAACAAAUUUUCUCACCUGUCUCUUGUAAGGUCUGGAAUUGUAGAGAUAAGGGGGUGGGGAGAUAGUCCAACCUCUUUGCAGUAUUUUACCCUGAAAAUUUAUUACGAAAUUCAUAACCUAUUUUUUCUCCUCUUCUGACUACAUGAAUACAUCUUCAAACUGUCAUUGGUGCCAAAUGUUUUUUCAUGGCUUGUAACCCGUUAAACUCCAAGAGUGAUUGACAUGUUAUUUCUCCUUACAUUAAUACUGCUGAAUCUUGCAUUAAAAUCAUAAGAAUAAAGGAAAUGGUUGCCAUCAGAAGCUUUGAUUGUUAAACAAAAUUCUCCUCUUCAGUCACAAAGGAAAUAUAUAGAGAAGAGUAUGGAGAAUAUGGAUACUGAUUUUAGGGCAUAAAGGGUUAACUGAAUAUCAAUUUUCUUUAGGUAUUUGGACAACAACAAUCUAACAUUCGUGGCUACACUGUGGUUCAUUGGAGAUGGCAACCUUCAUAAACUGUAAGUCUGUGUACCUUUAAGGUAUAGCGUUUGUUUCAGUGGAUGUUGAAAGAUAAAUGAUAUCUCUCUUACAUUUGCAUGAACCCUGUAAUUGCUUAGAGGAAUAGGCAUGUUAGAUUUUUUUCAUGUGCUACAGUGGUAGGCAGGGCUUUAGGAUAAUUUCUCAGUUGACUAUAAAGAUGCACACGCUUUGUUUGAUGGAGGAAAAUAUCAUAUCCUGCAAUGAUUACCCUGCCUAAUGUGUUGAUAGCAUGAAGGAUAAGUUUCAAAAUGGCUUCUUCAGGAUUGUAUAAAAUUGCAGUUGAUCAUAUAAUCACCUGAGUCAUUAUAUGGAAAAAUGAUUAUUUUUCUUUCUUGUAGUCGAGUAAUCCUCCCUGAUCAAUGUUAGGGAUUGUGGGAUAGUAGCUUUGUCACUUCAUCUGUGAUGAAUAAUUAUAUUCUAACUGAGGACACUGCCUAGAAGGUGUGCCUUUCUCAGAGUUAGCUAUUUUAAGGACAGGGAUUUUGAGGAGUAAAAGUGAAUGAAAUGGUAGAACAAUUUGCUAUGUGGCACAAAGUAAUAAUUCUUUUUCGUGAACAUGUCACCCAAUAAUGUUUAAUGUAUUUCCACAAUUCAAUUCAGUUAUGGACCUGUUAAAUGUAUAUUAAUUUUUUUAAAUUUUUUUUAUUUCUGAACCAGCUAUCUGAACAACAAUCGCAUCAGCAAGAUUGAAAAAGGUCCUUCCUUUGACUGGAGAACAGUUCUUCUUCUGGGGGAUUUGUAAGUUGGUUUUAGUUGGUUGUAUUUCAUCUUCUCUUGUGGAGUGUAACAAAUGAUAUCAAGUCACUCCUUGGUAUUGCAUACACCCAUCAUGGUUCUCUGUCCAUAACAACCAGUUCCUUCUUUUUCUCAUAGGAACCUGGCCCAGAAUGAAUUGUCCUACAUUCACAAGGACACAUUUGCCCAUCUUUUGACCCUGCAGAGUCUGUAAGUGUUCAGUUUGUAGUAUAUGACUUAAGUCAGCAACUUCAAUAGAGGCCUUUUUUUUUUGUAGAUGGCCAGGUUUAAUUCCUCAUACUGCUGUCCAUUGAGAUGUUUUUUUCCAAGAUUGGUAGUGCCCCUUUUGUGGUAACAGAAACACAAUGUAAUACCUUCAGCUUCUGAAACCCCCACAUUUAUGCAUAUGAAGUUUAGCCUGGUGCUCCACAAAGCAACUAGGGGUUUAACUACCUGCCUUCUGGAUGGGCUGCUAGUCUAUCUUGAUUGGAGGGAGUCAUUGAGAUUGAAGGUUAUUGCCCAAAAAAAAACAAAAAAAAAAACCAUGUUGCCCAAGCCCAAGUGACUUCUAAUUUGCUGGAUCUGGAUCUGGAUCUGAACCUCAGUGUUUCCUGUUAGAAAAUUGUGAAUUACAUAUGCUUUAACUAAGAUUAUCCCCCAUUUCUUUCCUUGCAGAAAUCUUGGCAAUAACCAGAUUUAUCAUGUGGAAGAUGGGGCAUUCUCUGACUUGAGCUCAUUGAGUGUGUUGUAAGUUUCUACCAUGCGCUAUGCAUUGUGGUCCUUCAACUUAAUGUGUUAAAGCUGAUUUUGUUACUUAAACUUUUCAAGAAAUAUUAGGUAAUGUUACCUGUUAACCCUUUAACUCCCAGAUCAAGUUUAUAAUUCUCCUUACUGUCAACCAUACAAUUCUUAUGAUGUUAGUUCAGAGAAUUAUCCUAAAUUGAUAUUUUUCUUUAUUCUCAUCACUUAUCUAGUUGAUAUUGUAUCGAUAUUGUAUGGAGAAAUUCUGUCUUGGUCAUUCAUGGGAGUUAAAAGAUUAAAUAGUGAAAGCCUUAACCUGAUAUCUGGGGGCACAGGUUUGAAUCCCAUCAAAGUCUGAAUUGUUUUAUUGCUUCUUUUCUUGACUUCCUCUGGAUGUAGUUCAUCUGCAGGGGUCAUUUCUUUUAUUGAAUAUUACUGGCAGGUCAAAAGAGUGUUUCAUUUGAUUGUUAGUAUAAGUGUUGUUUGUAUUCUAGGGAUCUUAGAAACAAUGCUCUGUCCUCUAUUCUGGAAGGAACCAGGAGUGCAUUUGAAGGACUUAAAAAGUUGGUUCUGCUGUAAGUAAAGAAAUUCAACUUAUUUGAUUUAGUUAUGCCAUAUGCAGUGUUGCUGAAUCAUAUGUAUGUAGUGAUGCUGUAAUUGGUGUAAAUGUGGAACUGACCAACUGAUUAUAGAAUUACAUUACAUAUGUCUACUUAAACAACCCUUUAGUCCUGAAAAUCUGUUUAGCCAUUUUUUUAUUAUCCUCCUUGAGGAAAUUUGUUGUAUCCACAUAAAACACACUGAGACAUUUUUCUCCUUUCAUCACAUGCUUGCUGGAUUAAAUACUUUGAAAUGAUUAUUUUAAGGAAGAACUAAAGGCAAUUCUCUUUUGGGAGUCUUAGAGUUAACUGUGCAUGCCACCUCUGAAUUAUUGUAUAUUGCAAUUGAUUUUGAUGAUUGUAUUGUGUGAUGUGUAGUUAAAUAUUUUUAAAUACCUUUGGAAUGAGAUGACCUAUAAACUUUGUAGGAGGCUUGAUGGAAAUGGUAUCCCUUGGAUAGCAGCAAAUGCAUUCUCUGGUCUUAAAUCAGUCAAAAGCUUGUAAGUAUAGUAUAUUUAUUUUUUUGUAAAUGCAUCUAGUUAGAGUACCGCUCUUUUUAGCCUAAUGAUAACUAAAUAAUCAUGUUUCUGUUACAAUUUUUCCCUCUAGUCAAACAUGUGUUUCACUGUGACAUUUCUGUUUUAGGAACCUUUCAGCUAAUAUUGUAGCAUAUAUUGAGGAGAAUGCUUUCUUGGAGGCCAAUGAGCUACAAUUUCUGUAAGUUGGAUAACUGUUACUUCUAUCUGUUUUGUUUAAAUACACAUUGAGGGGUGUCAUGAUAUGAAUUUUGGAAUGUGCUCAUGUGAGAGGACCUUCUCUUGUUUCACAGAUAUUUAAACACUACCCACCUUCUUUGUAACUGUGACCUCAACUGGCUACCUAGAUGGAUUAAAAAGAAGGAAGAAGACACAGAAGGAUUCAAAUCAAACAUACAUGCUGUUUGCCUACACCCUAAACCAGUAGAAAGAAGAAGCAUUUUUAACCUCAGUUCAUCUGAAUUUGUUUGUGGUAAGGAUUUUAACAGUAUGGGACUUCUUUUCCAACAGCCCAGUUGAUUCUAGGUCAGAACUUUCCUCUUUUAAAGAGGCCUAAGUUGCAAAGAACUGUGAUUAUACUUCUUCCUUUUUUUGAAGCAAACUUCCUCAGUGUUUGUUUAUACAUAAAGUAAUUACAAUAAAUAGGGUGUUGUGGUAUAAUCUAACUGACAGAAAAACACUACAAUCCCACAAACUCAAUUUUAUUAAACAGCAAGUUAUGUUCUUAAUGAGGGGCAACUAUCAAAAGCAGUACAAUACUUAUCAGUAAUUAACUUAAUUAAGCCCACCACAGUCUAUACUCUAGCUCACCACUAACACAAUCUCACUGCUGUCUCCAAAGUUUCUUGAAAUAAGUGAUCUUCUGCAGUAACUCUCUCUCUUGGUAUAGCUUUCAAAACAGUUGUCAAUGCGACAACAGCAAUUACUCCAACCACUACAUAAGUGAGUCUUUAUAUAUAUUCACAAAGUGUUCUGGAACAUUCUAGAAGCUGUCAUAAGAAUUAUUUUAGUACUUUUACAUUAUAAAUGUGUGACUCAAUGAGAUGUUUUGGAAAGUUCUAUGGUAUGCAAGUCAGCAUGACUCAGCAGUCAGGAGAUUUCUAGAAGCAACAACAAUUACCCAUAACAAGGGGAGAACUACUCCUUUAUGAAAUGCCAAAUAUAAUGAGAUUUGUGUGCUCCUACCGGGGACAUACAGCAGGUGAAAUGCAUUGUAUGAUUAUUCAACAUGCCUAGGAGACUGUGAUUAAAUUACCAGUAUGAAGCUCAUUCUAUCAAAUUGUGGCUUGUGCAUUUUUUUUUAAUUUUAUAAAUGUAUCCAACCCAUGAGCCAAUCAGAUAAUAUGUUGAUGCCUUUAAUUUUUUAGACAAGAAUGAUUACAAACCAGAGAUAACAACACAUCCACAAGGACACAAGGUUCUGCUUGGUAAGAAUGUUACAUUACAUUGUGUGGUCAGGCAGAGGAAUAGUACAAUCAAAGUUAACUGGACAAAGAACAACAAGCCUCUGGAAGGUGCAGACAUCACAAGCCAUGCUCAGGUUGGUGAGUUAGUUGUAAUGGGAUAUUCUGGAAAUGGUGUUAUCUUCCUUGUGUGAUAUAGAUUACUUGAAUAUUAUUUAAUUAAUAAUAACUUGUUAAUAUUUCACAUGCUCUUUUCACUCCCAAGAGUAACCAAAAGGAAUCUCUUUUCACCCUCUGACCCCCAAGAGUAACUAGACUGUAAUUUCCCUCUGCUAUCUCCCCUCUGAAUCACACAUUGAGUUCACAAAACUAAAGUAAAUGAUCCUCAACUGUAGAAGCCCUUAAUUGUGAAACAAAUUCUUCUUGUUAGCACCUUAGUGAAUGUAUAGAGAACAGUAUGGAGAAUAUGCAUACUGAUGUUAGGGUGUAAAGGUUCGAUAAAAUCUUUGUUCUUUGGAGUUGAAAAAGUAUCAGUUAGGGGAGGUUUUUUUUUCAACACCAAUUUCUCGGAAGUUAAGUUACAAGAGCUGUUUUGAAGACAGUGCAAAGAAUAUAUUUAGAUCUUUGGAGUGAAAGGGAGAUUGGCAAUGUGGCUGACUAUAGUCAUUCAAUUGAAUGGUUGGAUCUGAAUUUUGUACAUUUUUGAGAGGGCAGUAUGCAUGUUAGGGAGAGUGGGCCAGGAAAUGAGGCAAUGCGAAUCAUGGCUCCUUUUUCAGUGCUGUGGCAACCAUUACAAGCCAUUGUGGGCUAUUAAAAUCAAUCUCUAUCGAACUCACUUAAUAACCUGCUUGGUUUCUUGAACAUGUGUUCCCUUCUACAGACCAGUGAUGGCAAAAUGGUUACUUACAGCAGCGAGCUUCAUUUGGUAUCAGUGACAAACAAAGACAGUGGCAAUUAUCAGUGUGUGGCAACAAAUUAUUUUACACCUGUCCAGUCAAAGAUAGCUCAAAUCACAGUGCUUGGUAAGUGGAACAAACAUAUAGAUCAUAUCUGCAUAUAGGGUUUAACAAUAGCUUAAUUAACAAACUUGACACAGUGUCGAUUAUUGGGUAUUAAUAAAAUACAUAAAGAUCAAAGAGCUGGCUUAAGAAACAGAAUCUUUACUUUAGACAGGAAAUAUAUUAAAAUACUUAUGGUAUGAUUACUCUUUGUCAGAAGCUUCUGAUUCCUUUUUUUAAGUUUUCAAGUAUUGUAUAUUAUUCAAAAUUGUUGUUUAGUGCUCCUAGAUAGUCUACAUGGAAUAGAAACACCCUCCUUAUCCUCCUCUUCAUCCUGAAUUAAACUGUACCUGCCGAGGCUAAACUCAUUAUGUGAUAACACUGAUUGUGAUGUUUGUGUUAUAUACACAUUGUAGGAAAGGUGAAAUUGGAUUUGCAUAUGACAAAGCUGUAAAAAUGUUUCAGUUUUAAUAAGUUUCUUUUUCAAGAUUUUAUUUUUGUUGUAUUUAAGUUAUGAAAAUUGCCAUAAUAUGCGCCGGAAAACUUAAGUGAUAAAGUUGUAGUUGUUGCUAGUUUAUCUGACAAGGCACAUGACUGUACAAGUUUCCUAUACCAAUCCGAGUAUUGAGAAAAGAAAACAUAAAAACAACUUCACCUUUAUGGCAUUCUGGUAAUCUGGAAACUUAUAUCAUUUUCCAGUUGUUGGAAGUCUUGAAAUGUGAGUGUGGUUAUUGAUAAUAAUUUUUCUGAGAACAUUAUAGAAGAAAUACCUUGAUUGACUUAGUAGCCAUAUUAUUUGGAAACCAGCUUCGUCAGUGGUGGUCCCGAUAUUAUACAUCUAUAACGAAAAAAUGCCUUGGAAUAGGUCCUGGAAUUUUAUGGAAUCUCGUGUAAUUUCGAUCUUGUUUGUUUUGUUUUCCAGUUUUCCCCAGGAUCAAAGAGAAACCGUCUGACACAUUUGUUAAAGGAGGUGAAACUUUUGAGCUGCGUUGUGAAGCUGACGGUUCCCCAGAACCACAGGUCUCGUGGCAAAAAGAUGGGGGUUCAAACUUCCCUGCAGCUAGUGAGAAGCGCAUAUAUUAUUCGCCUGAGAGGAAAGUGUACGUGAUUAGGAAUGCUCAACCAGAGGAUACUGGAGAAUACAUCUGCAGCGCAGCAAAUGAUGCUGGUUCUGUCAAUUCAUCAGCCUUUGUUACUGUCUUAAGUGAGUGGCUCUCAUUAUGUCUUAUUUUGAAUAAAUAAAAUUAAAAUUCACAAGGUAACCAGGUGGACCAUCAGACAUGGUUUGAUGCUACUCUGGUUUAAAGAUGUAAUGAAUGUAACCGAGAAGUUAGAGAAUUUUACUCUCCUGUCUAUUUCCUUCAUUAGGAGUGAUCUAAUUGCUGUAACAAGAGGUACUUUUAUAUACUCACUAGUUAGCUGCCCUUUUUUCCGACGAGGUGUAAAUAACCUUUUCAGACUUGAGGGGAUAUCUUUGCCAAACCUAGGGAUGCUGUUACAAAAGAACAACGAACCGACGCUUUUUAUUCUAUUCCGUGCAAGGACUGUGAUCACGAGUAUAUCAGACAGACCAAACGUUAGUUUGGUACACGAUUGAAAGAGCAUCAAAAGGCGGUUUUCUUUCGCAAAAGAGAAAAUUCAGCUUUGUCGGAGCACACAUGCCUAAUCAACCAUACAAAUGUGUGGGAUAAUUCUAGAAUUAACACCACUAAUCGACGUUACCACCAGCGCCUUUGUUUGGAAGCCUGGCGUACGAACUCCGCCCACGCUCCUUUAAAUCGUGAUUAUGGCGGCUUACUACCUGACGUCUAUUUACACCUCGUCAGAAAAAUAGGCAGAUAAUUAGUGAUCAUAGAAAAGGACCUGUAGUUGCAGCGAUUAGAUCACCCCUGAUGAAGGCACUAGGCAGGAAUGUCGAAACGAUGGGUCCGUGAAUUGUAACUUUUCGGUUACAUUCAUUAAAUCUUUAAACCAGAGUAGCAUCAAACCAUGACUAAAUGAAAAUUGCAAUGUACACUCCAUUAAGCCCCUUUUUAACUGAUAUGCCCUCUCUCGCACUCAUAAGCACUACUACACAGGUCCCAAGGACUGCUAUUCUCAUUAUGAGGAUAGACCUGCCUCCAAAAUCAGACAAUUAUUCUGAAGGGUUUAAAAUACUUAGGGAAUUGAUCCUAGCACCAAAGAGUAAACUCGCGCAGUUUUGUUAGCAGACUGUUCGCUGAUUUGAAAGUAGCAUUAAUGCAAGUGUAUUGAAAUUUGAUCAAUGUUCGUUUGUUCGCGUGGGAAUUUCCAGCUUGUCGUUGUGGAGAAAUGUGUAUUCGUAAUUAGGAUUCACUGUUAAGAGGUAUGCUUACACUAGGUACUUUUUGGUGUCUCUAGAAGCGCCACACGUUGUGCAUCCUAUACGAAGUGAAGUUGUGGUGACUGUAGGUGACAAUGCGGUGCUGCAGUGUUUUGUCACUGGUGCUCCAGGACCCACAGUGACGUGGUUUAAGAGUGGUAGGGUCGUAAAGAGGAGCAGCCGUAUUAUGUUUGCUGAAGCAGGCCAAGUGCUGGUUAUAACCGAGGUCAAGGAAGACGAUGGCGACAAGUACUCUUGCGAGGCUUCAAACUCGGAGGGAACUCUCAAGCAGAGCACAGAGCUUUAUGUAGAACCAGGUAUGGGUGUGAAUGUCAUUGAAUCAUCCCCACCUUGAAUUUGUAGAUAGCAUAGAGAUCAAUAUCCCUCCAGAUCAGAUUCUGAAUUUGAUUUCUAAUAGCUGGGGGAAAAAAAAAAAGACAUUUAACAAUUUGCUAACGAAAAGCAAGAACAAUCACACCACGGCAAAAGCAGACAAAAAGUAAAACAAGACUAAAAAACAACAAAAACGAAAACAAAAACAAAAACUAAAAAAAUAACAGUUUGAACAUUAAAACGACGCUGCAAGUGGAAAUAUUUCCCCUAUGUCAAUUAUGAACCAAAGUAAACUGUUAGAAAAGAAGAAGUUAUAAGCGAAAAGAGUGUCAUGGGAAAGAAAGACGUAAACGUUGGGUUUCACUUUUAGUAGAGAUAUUUUAGUUUAGUUUGCUAUUGUUGGAUAAUGCUUCUCCAGGUUUGUAAGCAUUUCUGUUGUUUUACAGAAAAAUGCACGAGCGUUGGCACUACCGAAAAGACGAACAAAUCAAAGUACGUGAAGUACGAUAAGAAAACGUUUCUUGGAAUCAUUGUUGUUGUAGUGGUGUCCUGCAUUGUGGUUACAUCAAUGGUGUGGCUCUUCAUUCAGUACAAUACCCUUUCCUGCGGAAAGAAGGCGUCUCCAAGAAGACGUCCACAGCACGUGUCGCAUUUUGAACCGGAGCUCUGUGACGAGGCGAAUGCGAAGGCUUUUGAACACGAAGGUAUCAGCUACAUUCCUUUAAAAUCGUCUAGUUCAAGUAGCACUCAAAACAGCCGCGAGUCGCCACGAUCGACGGCAACGUUUAUUACUUCAUCAGAGUCUGCGCAAGGGCCGUGUAUGAAUCUUGUGUCAAGCUCGGAAAACGCUUCGGGUUCCGAAGAGAAAUCGUCCACAGGCGACAAUGUCUCAUCGGAGAACUCGCUGAAGGGUAGUCAUAGCUCUCUGACAUCGUCAUAUCCUUCAGACGCUUGUCUUUCCAGUUAUCAACAAGUGGUGACUUCAGCACAAAUUCAUGUUUCUGAUAGUGACUCCGAGAAGCAUAGACCGUGUAAUAUACGGAAAAAAUCUGAAACUGAAGAUCCAGGCGAAGGAGAUGGACAAAAAAGUCUAGGCUUUCCGAGGCAUUACCAUGAACAUACUACAUUGCUUCAGAGACCAUUGAGAACUAAUGACGACAACGUUUCCCUGCCAGAUGAUGCAAACAAAGAUGUUUGCGUGACAGUAUAUCCUCUGGCGGAAGCAGAUACGUCUUGCGUGACUGAUAGCUUAGGCUGUUCGGAAACGUAGCAUUUGUCAUUUUUAUAAUAUGAUAA